AAAUAUAAAUUUCAGAACAUCCAGCUCCGGCCAAACCCCUCCCUCAGCCCGGCGGCGGCAGCCGGUAGACACGGCGGUGUUCUGUUCCAUUAUGUGGACAUGUACGGCAACUAGGUUUGCCCAGGGGAUCCGUCGUGACGCGGUUACACGCCGUCACUCGGCCAUCUUCCGGUUACCGUCAAGAAGCAAAGGAGGGAGGAUGCAGAGUUCAAAUUCAGCAGAACAGCCGAUGAACUGAACCCUAGCUGGAGUUCUCAAUGGCCCUUGAUAUCUCCUGCUUCCAAACCCUAGCGCCUUCUCGCUACGUCACGUUCACAAUCCCCAAUCCUUGUCGCCGGAACUCCGCUCACCGGCUCCUCCGAAUCGCGGUCCUCGACUCACCUCUCCAUCGCGAUGGCCAGCCCCGUGUCGCAGCGAUUCUCGUCCCCGAGAACCGAGAGAGAGACUGGAUCUUCUGCACCGAGUCAGGCCACCUCCAGCUCCUCCUCAGCAAUACCCCGGACUUCUCCCGCCUGAUCCUCGUUGGCUGCGAGUCGUCUGACGGCCGCCAUGGCCUGUUGGCUCUCCACCUCCAUCGGUCAGCCGAGGCCCAAAACGCUCUGGAAGAAGCCAUAGGGCCUCUCCUGUUGGCUUUAUUGCCUAAAAUCUGCUUCGACAAUGGUAUCCCUGAGGUGCCAAUCUUGAGGUACGAGGACGAUUUGAUAUCGAGCGCGAUGAUAGAGAAAUGCACCGGGGAUUAUGUCGGUGAGAUGUUGAUCGAGGAUGUGGAGCUUGAGAGUGAAGGUCCGAAGUCUGAAGAGAGGGAGUUCAGGAGAAGAUUGAGGUUUAGAAGAAUGCCAAAUUUGGUCCAGACACAAGUUCGUAUCGUCCCGGAAUCAGAUGUCGGAACUGAUAUUGGGAAGGCUAUGUUUAAGAUUGAUUCUUGGGUUUUAGUUCAUCCCUAUUUGGCCCCGAUGGUAGCGAGUCUGAAUUUGGUUUCUACGCACAUUGAGGAUCAGUUCCGUGUCGGUUUGAGACUGAAAGUGCUUUGUCUUGGUGUUGGAGGGGGUGCCUUGGUUUCUUUCUUGAAAGGCCAACUGGGUUUCAAAGUUGUUGGUGUGGAGAUUGAUGACGAGGUUUUACGGGUCGCUAGGCAGUACUUUGGACUUGAAGAAGAUGGUGAAAUGAUUAGUAUCAUCCGUGGAGACGCGAUAGAGGUUGUGAAGAAGCUUUCUUGUCAAAGGAUGAAAGGAAAUUCAGUUGCUUCAGAUUGCAAUGACCUGAAUGAUUUAGAUGGCAUCGAAACUCAGUUCGAUGUAAUAAUGGUGGAUAUAGAUUCAGGGGAUACUAGGAAUGGUUCAAUGGCUCCACCUCUUGAAUUCAUGGAAAGGAGUGUUCUAUCAGCUCUAAGAUCAAUUCUUUGCGAGUCUGGAAUUGUUGCUGUGAAUGUGAUUCCUUCUAACAGGUCAUUCUACGAGUCGCUGCUAUGUGCAUUUAGGGAAGUGUUUUGUGAUCUGUAUGAAAUUGAUGUUGGAAACAAGGAGAAUUUCGUGCUUAUUGCCACAGUCACCUCUAUCGCCGAUUGUUCUGGCAACUAUGGAAGCUCAUUACUGAUGAAACUGAAAUCGGUUAUCUCUGGUGCUUACAUAGACUCGAUAAAGAAGGUUUGAGGUCCUACUGUGAGCCAGAUACGUUUCACUGUGCGUAAUUUGUUGGGGUGGCAAUGAGCAGAAAGCACAUUCAAAUUCUAGUCCGAGUGAAUUCCUCUGAACUGAAAUACGGAGCAGAAAACGUAAAACUUUCAGAACUGAAAGCCUAUCGAUGUUCAGAUCCUCUGAUGGUCGAGACUUGAGUCUUACUGAUUUUCAUACUCGGGUUAUUGCGAGUGUUACAUGCUCAACGCCGACCCCAUAUUGGUUGUUUUAAUGGAGGAACAAAGUUGUGGUUCUGUGAAAGUUGCUACUCGGGGUGAAUUCUUGUAAAGGCUCGGUCUCGGGGAAGAUUCUGCUACGACAAGUCGGUCACAAGCACUGAAUGGUUCAUCUCCCCGAGGUCCGCACUUACUGAUGCAAGUGAGUGGUUGUAACAUUUGGGGAGGCCAAGAACAUCUAGCAGUUGGGGCUUCGGUUGAUGCUUCUCGAGCAUUUGCCAUUAAGAUGCAGCGAGAAUUCAGAAAACACUCUGAUGCCGUAGCUUGAUCAUAUGUUUAUUCAAUUGUCAAUUGAUUCUAAUCUCGAAAGCUUGUUUGAGCAAUAUGCUGAUUUUAAACUCAUCGCUUCUGCUUUCCAUAAGCCUCUGUUCUCUAAAUGUAAUUAAUAUCUAUAAUUCGUUGAAAACUGGCAAGGAUGUAGCAGGAAAGUUUCAGUGUCUGAAUAUUGAAUGUGUCA